AUGAAAAACAUCAAUCUCUCCGCGUCUUUCGCGGUCCUUGCCACCAUGGUUCCCCAACUGGCAUUGGCACAACACUCCCACACUGAAGUCACCCUCGAUGCGACAUUUCGCACGCCCGCACCGCCGAAUGAUGCCUUCGCGCAAAACAGUCGUCAUGUUUUAAUCUCAACUUCGGUCAUGUUCGGUAUCGCUGUGAUCUUCAUGUUCAUUGCCUCCCUCGAUGGCAAGCGCUUCAAGUCUACGGUUCCGCAGGCAAUGGUCCUUGGUGCGGCGUUUUGCGUCGUCCCAGAGGCCGUCGACAACUACCUGGCCGGUUGUUACUGGUCUCAAUCGCAUGCUCCCAACCAGCUUCUAUUCAUGCUCAUGGGUCGUGAGUAUGACUAUUAUGUUGGUGUGAUGUGGUGGGCAUUCGGCGCGAUCCUGGGUUACCUUCUGUAUGCGGUCCUCCUCCGUGAGGUUAAGACUGGCACUCUCUGGAUCUGCUUGGGUCUCUCGGGACUUGCCGAUAUCGUUCUUGAGGAGAUCUUGCUCGGCUAUGGCGGUAUCUACAUGUACUUUGGCCACCAGCCCCUUGUGUUGAUCAACAAGUUCCCAUGGUGGUGGCUCUUCUCCAAUGUAUCCUCGCUGUUCCUCAGCGUCACGAUCGCGUAUCGCUACCGUGAAUGGUUCAACGGCUGGAGAAGUGUUUUCAUUCUUGCCCUGAUGCCAUUCUGCUACAUCGGCGCCUUCACUCUCUCUGGCAUGCCCGCUAUCUUUGUGAUCCAAGGCAAUUUCUCUCCUCUUGUGACUGAGUUGGCUGGCCUCCUGACAUGCGCCAUCGCUUUGAUUCAGACUGCAUUCAUGAUGCAUCUCAUUCUGGAACGCAAUCCUUUGGUCUUUGAUGCGAUCCCAUCCCAGGAAGCGACAUUGACGAACAGCAAAUCUGUUGCUUCUAGCAUCGCUAAAAGCUCCUCUCAUGUGAAAGGCCCUGUGGUUCUCAAGGUUUGA